CGCCUGACGGGGGCUGGGGCUGGGUCGUCACUUUCGGAUGCUUCAUCAUCGCUUUCCUGGUGGACCUCCUCGGGCCCUGCUUCGGCAUCAUCUUCUCCAAGCUUCUGUUGAAUCUCAGGACGUCCUCCACCAGCGUGGCCUGGCUCUUCAACCUCAGGGCCUUCAUCUUCAACAUGUCCACGCUGCUCCUGGGCCCCCUCAUGGCCGAGCUCGGGUGGCGGGUCGUGGCGUUCCUCGCGGGCGUCAUGUGCGCCCUCGGCCUCGGGAUCUCGGCCUUUGCCACCUCCACGCUCCUCCUCCUGAUGUACUCGAUCCUGACAGGCAUCGGAGGCGGGUUGCUGAUGGGCAUCAUCUUCUCCAUCAUACCUCACUACUUCAAAAAGCGACGCGGCGUUGCCAACGCCUUCAUGAUGGUUGGGCUGAGCGCCGGCCAGAUGGCGGGCCCUCUCCUCAUCAAUUACCUCCAAGUGGAAUACGGCUAUUUGGGAGGCACGCUCGUGCUGUCCGCCAUUGUGCUGAACUGCUGCGUGGGGGCGGCCGUGUUCCAGCCCGUGGAGUGGCACGUGAAAAAGGCCAAUAGGAAACUUAGCAACAAUAACAAUACCAAAGCCUCGCGAAGACCAAAGGCGGACGAGGUGGAAGCUCCGAGGUACUCGGCGCUCGCGCGCGUCUUCAACACGACUCUGAACAACCUGAAACUCCUGAAAUCGUCUCGGAUUCUCAUCAUCGCUCUCAGUUCAGCGCUCAACAUGAUCAGCUACCUGAACUUCCUCAUGAUGGUCCCCUUCGUGUUGCAGACCAUCGGGUACUCCAUGCAGGAGACGACCUGGUGCGUCUCUGUGUCCGGGCUGUGCAACAUGGUGUCCCGGCUGGUGGUCUCGGCGCUCACGGACUGCCCCGGAUUCAGCAUGCGAGGAUGCUACAUGGCGGGCACCACCGUGGUCCUGGCGGCCAUGAUAGCCUUUAGCCUGCUACGUGACCUGACGUGGCUCACGGUCGUCAUGGGCGCGUGGGGCUGCGGCGUGGGCGCCUUCAUGAGCAUCUACAGCCUGAUCAUGGUGGAGUACGUGGGCCUGGAUCAGCUGGUCCCGACGCUAGGGGUCAGCGGCCUCUUCAACAGCUUCGGCUUCUUGGUCUCCGGGACGCUCACGGGCUACAUGCGCGACGUGAGCGGCAGCUACGCCGUCAGCAUCUGGAUCCUGGCGAGCAGCUCGGGUCUCUCGGUCGCCCUCUGGACGCUGAUGCCCCUCGCCGUCAGGUACGAUCGGCGG